GGAAAGGGAAAAAAAAGAAAAUUAGAGAUGGGAGAACUUGACCGGCACUAAUUUCCACAAUCCAAUGAUAAUAAUAUAACAGUUCAAAGUCUUUUUAGUAAUAAUUUCUGUUUUAUAAUACCUUUGAAAACAAGAGACAGUAAUGCAGUAAGAUUCUACAGAUAAACACAAUCCAGAUAAAUAUUAUUUUCUACAUAAACACUGGUCAGUUUUGGACCUAUCAACUAAGUUAAUCAACAUAGUCAACAAUUUAUUUUUCUAAUGUAUUGUCUACCUUGACUAGCAGAUAAUCUGGGCAACCACCUGAGAAACAGUCAGAGAUGAGGUUCAAAGAAAACCUUAAAAAUUAGCAGAUAAUCUUGGCAACCACCUGAGAAAUAGUCAGAGAUGAGGUUCAAAGAAAACCUUAAAAAUUCUUAUCAUAUCUCACUAUGUUUCACUAAAAAAUUCAAGUCAAAGUCCUGAUUCAUCUCGUCUUGCUGACAUUUUAAACAGCCUUUAGCGUACGAAUUCAUUUAUGACCAAAGCAAGUAAAUAGCUCAAAUGAUAGUGAAGAUGUUUAUUAGAAAGAGUAAUCUUGGAAAUAGCUUGAAACAUAGUGAAUGAAACAAAUAGAUAUGGUCGUACCGAAAAGAACAACCUAGACAAUACUCGAAGGAAAUAUAUCAAAUAGGGAGUAUAGAACUCUACCAUAGACAAAGAUUUCAGCUUUAAGCAAGAGAUAACAGGCGAAGAGAUUGCAACGCGAUGGGAAAGAUAGGUUGCACCAUAGAUGGAAACUUGAAUGAUUCGGAAUUCAGCCAGCCUAUGCCAUGGAUUGGUGUCUAUGUAGCAGCAGCUUCUGCAGCUUGUGCACUGGGGAUGGCAAUGGAUGCUUUUCAUGGACUGCGCCACAGAAAAUUCUGGUUUCCUUGCAACUUCUUCUCUCUCAAUGCUACAACCUUGACGCUACUAGCUGUUGCCACCAAGUUGUCUGUUGAUCUAAAUACAUCCAUGCCUCGUCAACAAGAUCAGUUGACAAAACUUAGCAGUGCUGCUCUAAUCUGUACGGUAAUUGCUAAUUUCAUGCCUUCUUUAGGUCUCAUGGAGAAUAAAGAGCUGUUGAUGAACAUAAUGGCUUUGGGAAUUUUCGUUAUAACAGCCAUUGUGAACAUUGGCAUACAAUUAGCUACUGGUGUUAUCUAUGUUUUCUUCAAAGAGCACAUAGCCCUCAUGUUUCUCAUGCUUGUUUUGCUUCUACUACUGAUAUCCUCAGCUGUGACAAUACCAACUACAAAGCGUUAUUUGGACCUGAAAUAUAAAAAGAAGUACAAGUUAGCAAACAAAGAAUGCAACAUCAUGGGUACAUGCACAGCUGAGAAACUUAAGUACGAAUUGAUGAAAUUUUGGACCAUGGCCUAUACCUCUUGCCCUCAUUUCGUGGGAGGGCGCUUAGUAACAUGCACUGCUUCUGGAGUUUUUUGCCUUAUGAGCACUGGAAUUUAUGCUGAUGCCAUGUUUAGGUCUUACAUCCUCCAUAAGAGCUUCAACUUUUGUAGUGGAGACUCUGAAUACAAGUGGUCCUCAACCUUGAUUCUUGUAACUCACACAGUGGCAAUAGGAGUAGGAGCUAUUGCACCAGCUUUUAGAUGGUUCAGAGCCAUAAAUUUCAACUGCCCCAAAAAAGCAAAUAAUGCCUGCAAACUCAAGUUGUUCAAAGUGGAGAAUUAUUGGAUCCGUAUCCUGCUUCAGUGGAAAGAAUGCCCAUUGGAUUUCAGAUAUUGUGGACGGCAUGGUAGAAAAUUUGCUCAUAAAUCAAAGAACAAACUUCUUGAUUUAUGUAUUUUGGUGCAAAUUAUGAUGGUGUCACUUAGUAAGCUAGUCCGGCUCGUUUCCAUUUUCUCUGUAAGCCAGUCACUGAUAUACUGCCGGAAAGCAAUCAAGAUGCUAAAAUGCUACAGUAUGGUGUCGAGCCUCGAUACAGAAUUGGGGUCCCAAACCAGUUCAAAACCAGAUCUUAGCUGCUAUGCUUUACACCUUGAAGGAGAGGAAGCAUUAAUUGAUUUGAUGAUGCAAAGCAACAGUGAUCUGGUAAAUCAUUGGAUUGGGAUAGGGAAAAAGAAGCAGCCUAAACAUCUUCUACGACUUCUGGAGAAACUGAAAUCAUCACCUGGAUUCAGAGGAGUGCAUAAAUUUGACAGUGCUCACAUUCCUUCACUAAACUCGGAAAAUCCUCCCAAUUGUUGGGCUCUUCCUGUAGUGACACUAACAAGCAUAGCAAUUGCACUUCCAAAUAUCAACUUUCAUUCAAUCAAGGAACUCAUCAAGUGUGUGAAUGAAGGUCUCAUGUACAUCAAAGUAGUGGAAGAUAACCUGGAUGCAAGAAAAGACCUCGCAAACAUCAGGCGAGCAGCAGAAUUAGUGUGGUUAGAAGUUGAUCUAUGUUACAAAUGGCUGGAUGUGGAUCUCCGGAAGAUAGCCACUGAAGGACAAAAUCCAAAACACAUGCUUGAAGGUCUCUCUGAGAAAGCACAGCAGAGAUUCAUCGAAUUCAGAAAGAAAGAUUCGACUGUUUGUCCAAAGGAAUCACCCUCAAAAUGGCCUAUCAAUAUGUUGGCAGCCAACAGUAUGUACAGAAUCUGUCAAACUCUUUUGGUAAGCUCUGAUAGCAUAGAGUUUGAGAACAGCAAAAUCAUGUUUGAUAGAUUGUCAACCAUGAUCACGGACAUAACAGGCGCUUGUCUUACCAACCUACAAAGAGUUAUGCAAUGCCACCAUGGAACCAUUACGGAGAGAUCAAAAGGUGUCCGUUCUGCCAUCUUACUUCUCGGAAAAGCAGAGAAUAUUCUGGAAAUUCUUCGUUCACAGCCACUUCCAAGUUCAGUACCAGAUCAAUUGUCAAAAAUUGAUCAUUGGUGUACACUGAGCAAAGAGGAAGACUACCUCUCCUGCAGUCGUAGUUCAACCUCAAAUUGUACUCCAACUUCCCAAAGUUCAUCUGAUUUGUAUCUAAAUGUGGACUGAGAAACAAAUGCCACCUUGUUUGGAUAGUCCUUACAUAUUGUUUUAUAAUGUAUCAUAUUAUAUUGCAUUUGUAAUAAUGUUCGGAGAGAUUGUAUUAUCCUUCCCCUUCGUAACACUAUGCUAUACAUCACCAAUUUGAAGGACAAAACAUUGUAUUUAAAUAGCACCAGAACGUGCUUAAACGUGUUACUCAACUAGUAAUAAACGUUUUACUCAACUAGUACAUUUCUGAA